AUGAAGCUUGUGCAGAGACUGGUGUUGAGCGCAGGCGGGCUGCUAGCGGUGGCCCAGGUUGCAGCCGGAAUCGAUCUAGACGUAAGCUCCUACGACUCGAUCUACGAUGCGUGCAAGCUGCUUGCCGGCGGUGUGAUGGACUACUACUGGGGGUACGAGUACGGCGGAACGAUCGGUAUGUUCACGCAUCCGUACUACUGGUGGGAAGCUGGCGGAGCGUUUGGAAGUUUGAUCGACUAUUCGUACUACUUCGAGAACACCACGUAUGUGGAGACGAUUGUGCAGGCGAUGAUGUACCAGAAGGGUGACGGCAGCAACUUCAUGCCGCUCAACCAGACGACGACGGAGGGUAACGAUGAUCAGGUGUUCUGGGGUAUUGCGGCGAUCCAGGCGGCGGAGAGAAACUUCACCGAGGCCGGCGGCGACAACCCGACGUACUUGGAGUUGGCGCAGGCGACGUUCAACACGAUGAAGAACAGAUGGGACGACGAUACGUGUGGUGGCGGGGUGCGGUGGCAGAUCUUCCCGUGGAACAACGGUUACGACUACAAGAACACGGUUUCGAACGCCGGGUUGUUCCACCUCGGUGCGCGGUUGCUCAGGUACACCGGUAACGACACGUACUACAUGGAUUGGUGUGACAAGACGUACGACUGGCUGGUCGACGUCGGGUUCAUCGACGAGAAGAACUGGUACGCGCUUGACGGUGCCGACAUCGUGAACGGUAGCUGCACCUCGAUCACGUCGUAUCUCUGGUCGUACAACUUGGCGUUGAUGAUUUCCGGGUGUGCCUAUAUGGCCAACUACACACAGGAGGAGAAGUGGCACAACCGGACGAUGGGCUUUCUAGAGAGCUCGAAGGUGUUUUUCGACAACUACGGGGUCAUGUACGAGGCCACGUGCAUGCCUGUGCAUACGUGCAAGACGGAUCAGCGGUCGUUUCGGGCAUAUCUGGCGAGGUUCCUGCAGUUGACGGCUAUUUUGGUGCCGGAGACCCAGGACACGAUCAACGAACGCAUGGAGACGUCGGCAAAGGCCGUGGCGCUGUCGUGUGUCGGUGGUUACGACCAGCACACGUGUGGCAUGAACUGGUCGUACUCAGGCGGCAACAACGCGACAUACGGAUGGGACGGCUACUACGGGUUGGGCGAGGAGAUGAGUGCAUUGGAAGUGGUCCAGGCGCUUGCGGCCAAGUACCGUCCCGGCCCGUACACGUCCCGAGAUGGAGGCUCGAGCACUGGUGAUGUUUUGUUUGGUAACGAGACAUACAAGAUUCAGGCUAAGCUUCUCGACUUGGACAAGGGCGACACCGCCGGGGCGUCAAUCAUCACGGUGGUCAUUGGCAUCAGCAUCAUUGCCCUCGGCUACUAUGUCGUGGUCUAG